AUGGCGUUGCACAACUUAGUUUUUGUUAUUGACGUUGAUUAUCAUGAAGGUGACAAGUCAGACGGCCGGCUGGAUGUCCAAAACCAUUUCGUGAAACGAUGUAUAUUACACAUCCUUUUGCACUUUGGCUAUAAAUAUGGGUUUGAGAAAGUGCGCUGGGGGUAUAAAUUUUUCCGGUUCAAAACUGGUCGUAGUUCUGCCAGCGUCAUUUCACGAGUUUCCGACUUCAAGGAGCUUCGACACAAAACAUUUGAGGACUUUGAGCAAGAGUUUGAAGCCAGGUUGGACGGGAAGGACGGAGUGUGCUCUUCUCAACAGAAGCAACAGUCCAGGAAGGCUGAUUCAGUUCAAAACGCCCUUAAAGAGACCCUGCUGGACUUCCAGUGGGACAGACCAGACAUCACCUCUCCCACCAAACUGUCCCUGAGGCCCAGGAGGUCGAGUGGUGCUGGACACCCCAGUCUGUUGCAUGAAAGUGACCCUUCAAACAGAGAGAGAAACUUGGUGUUUGUUGUGUCUCGGUGUCCGCGCUCAAAGAAACAGCUUGUGGAGUAUCUAUCUUUAAAAGGUGAUGACCUGCCAACAGAUGUAACCGAACAUAUCGUAUCCAAGAGCCUGCACGACAUGCUGCUUCAGAAACAAGUUGUCCUGCACUGGAUUGACUGUAGAUCACAUAUUCAGGUUAUGCAAUGUGAGGACUGCCUUGGUUUUGAAAAGCUCUCUGACGUCCUAGCUCAAGUGGGUGGCAGAGUGUUCUCAGUGGUUGCGCUGAUGAACCUUUGCUGUGAUCGCCAGUCAGACUCGAGCUUCAAGAGAGAGGCCUUUCUAUUCAGGUCCGGCUUCAACUAUCUCCUGUCUUCUGGAAGUCUGUACCGCCAGGCUUUUCCUGCCAUCGCUGGUGUUCUGCGGUGGGACCAGGGAAGUGUGACUCAGAGUUGUGGUGUCUUGUUGGAGCCCAUUUCUCGUGGACAGAAACGUCUUCAGGAGUCUUUAGAAGUGUGCUUGAAGGGAGUGCUGCAGAGCUGGGAUGCUUCAUCGCUCACACAAACGCCCACAGAGACCUGGGUGCUUCAGGCCUCCAGCAAUGAGCUGGGAGCUGCUGCCUUCCAGCAACUCUUACGGAAACUCUUUGGUCUUUCUCUUCACAUGUUUGCAGAAGUCAAAGAAAAUGGAUGGCAGUACUCGGCUGUCUUCUCCCCGCUGUCAUCCUCCACAGCUCUGCUGACCAUUCUUCAGCCAGCAGUCGCUCAGCACGACCAGUUUUUGAGAACAGAGACAAUUGCCCCAGUUGCAGCGGAAACUUCUUCUGAUCUACCAAAUGUAGUGAACAGCGUCCUGGGAGUCGUUUACGACAUCAUGAACAAAGAUGACGAUGGGAUCAAUGAUGUAACGGAUCAUCCAGUACCUGAGUGGGCUCAGCAGGAGCUUUCCCAUAACCUACAAACGACAGACAUGCUGGAGACGUGGUUCCCCCAGUCGGAUCACGCCGGUGUAAGCGCUCAAUUGAUGGAAUCGAUGAGAUUGCUUCAUGCUGUUCCCGAUGAAGAAUCCGAUGCGUUUUCCGCCUCUCAGCAGGAACUGAUCUGUGGUCUGUCUGAACUGUACCAGGCACCGCAGGACUCGGCCCACAAAAAAGGCAAGAAACGUGGCGCUCACCGUACACCUGUGAAGCAGAAAAUGAAGACGAUGAGCCGCUCUUUGCAAAUGCUGAAUGUGGCACGUCUGAAUGUCAAAGCCCAAAAACACCAGACGGGUUCUGACCAGCUCAAACCUGAGUGUAGUGGGUCCGGCAGGCAAGGGAGGAGACGGUUAAGUGACAGGAGCAAAUCUGAAGGAAAGAGCGCAGCCAGUUUCACCAGUGUGGAAGAGUUGCUGUCUCAUCUUAAGGCCAGUUAUGACAAGAAUGUAGCGGAGAGAGACCAGUCUCUCUUGUCAAGUGUUCAGCAGCUUUUAACUGAUGUAAAAAACUUCCUUAUGAGAGAAUCAGGCUGGGAGGUAAAGGCAACUUUGUUUGUUCAACAACACCUUCUGAAGAUCGGCAAAUCAAUCCGACAGCUUUACGGAGUCUCUGCUGAUGCUGGUAACAAAGUCAGAGAGUGCCAGCUGCAGGUGGUGUUACGACUGGAGUUGUGCAGACGUUUCUCUUCAUCCCAGUCUGUUUCUGUGGAUGCUGAUCAGAUGGCAGAGGAGGCUGCCGAGAUGCUCAGAAUAAUUUCACUAACAAAAGAUCCAGUAUUCCUAGCAAGGUUCCUUCAAGAUGAAAUUCUCCCAGGGUUUCUGACUGCUGUUCCUAAGAUGCUUGGAGACAUCUACCACAGUUUGGGUAUUCAGCUGCCAGAAGCUUUAGUUGCUGCUCUGCCGGCCGACUUCUUCAGCGACGAAUCAGUUGCCAAAGAGAGUGUUUCUCCUUUUGCUCCCUCACUUUCCAUCUCAACACGCAGCAUGGGUCCAGAUGGCAAAGAUGACUUGCAGGACCUACGAAACCGUUCAGCCAAUAAAAGGAGGAGUGGGAGGUUGACUCGUCAUCGCAGCAUGGCCGAGUCAGCACAGAGUCUGCGUCAAAUAGAACUGCCCAAGAAGACGAGAGCUUCCAAAACAACGAUUGCUUUGGAUAAACCCGUGAAAGAGCUUAAACUUCAGAAACAAGAAACACAAGAGGUGACCAAAGUGAGAAGAAACUUGUUUAAUCAGGAGAUCGUUUCCCCCUCAAAGAAAGCCAAACUGCCAAGGAGCCAAUCUGUUUCUGCGGUGGAAGGCCUGAAACACAAGCGUGCGCAUGAAUCUGAAGAGAGACACAGGCUUCUUACAAAGAAAGUGUGUGAAACACCGAUCCACAAGCAGGUAUCAAGCUGCCUACUACACCGACAGAAAACUGGAAGGAAAUCUAAUGUAGUUGAGGAGUGCAUUGUGGAAGAAUCACCAGAAAAACCUGAAGAUCUAAGAAGGAGCCCAAGGAUAAAGAAGUUUGCUCGAAGACACUCAAGCACUUUCUAUACAAGCUCUCAGCCUCGUUCCAGAAACCUUGAGAGGGUUUUUCCUGCAUCCCAGCCCAGCGACAGCCAAGUCUGUGAGGUUAAUGUGAAAACGGUUCAGUCUCCCAUGCGUCUUCUGUUUGGGGCUGCUGAUUCUCCCAUGAGACCCUCUGAAUCAGAUGAAACCAGGACCACCAGGUCACGACUGUCCACAAACUCCAGUGUCUUUGAGAGUCCAAACAAAACGCCGACAAAGUCACCCAGCAAGCGUUGCGGGGGCAUUACUGAAAAUAUGUCUCAGAGGACGCCUCGGACUCCAGGAACCUCCAAAAGUCCACCAUCAUCCAGGAUGCUCGUUUCUUCUGUCACAGAGAGUCCUUUAGUGGGCUGCUCUGGACUUUAUAAGAGUCCUUGCCAAUCUUCAGGCGGAGGAGUUCUUGUAGAAACACCUACCAAGCAAAGUCCCAUUUGGAGCCCUUUAAAGAGCAUUCUAAAGACUCCUGUUAAAGCCUCUUCUGGAUUACAUCUACUCAACAGCCCACUUUCAAGAACUUCCAAGAAGAGUGUCACAUGGUCACCGUCUCCUCCCAAAUGUAAACUUGUGGAGGAUGAUGCUACAUUUAAAGUACCCAAGUCACCUAGCGCUACUUCUUUCAGUUCUCCUAGACAGGUCCAAACCCCCAGUAAGCUCAACCGUCCUGUUCAAACCACAAACACUAAAAGAGACAUUUUUAAAGCUCCAGACAAGAUCUGUCAAGUAAACCUGGUAAGACUAUCUGAACGGGACAUUUUGACUUUUGAAGAAUUUCAGAGAUCAUCUGAAAAAUGUAACAGAAAAGAAAGUCCAGAAGAGCGUGACGCUCAGCUUCUAUCCACGCCACCUUCAGACCAGCAGAGCCCACCUCAGCACAACAGCACACCUCAAGAGAAGACCCCUAGUCCGACUCACCAGAUGAUCACUCGCUCUGGACGUACUCCAAGGAGAAGUUCAGAGGCUGCCUCUCCAGGAGAUCCAACAUUCACACAACUAGAAGUCACUAAACUUCCAGAAGGAUCAAAUUUAUUAGCAAAGGAGGAGCAGGCCGAAAGCUCUCAACCCUCCGAAACUAAUUCUAGUCUCUGGACAGAGUCACAGGAAUCUGACUCUUCUUGUGGUAAUUCUGCCACAACAGAUGAAAGUAUAGAUAUAGUUGAUGCUGCAGUUGUCAAGACACAGUUUAAUAAAGGCCUUAAAAUGAACAUUAGCUACUCGAGAAAGCCUUCAGUGUCUGAUGACCGUCUGUCAGACACAGUUUCUCCAAGCCGACAUUUACCGUCACAAAGCACACCUAGUCGAAGUUACGGCUUCCGACAAACCCCCGACCGCCAACAAAGAGAGGCUGCUGCUCGUUUGGGUUACGAAAACGAUUUCCCUCGAUUUUCAAAUCCUAGAGGUCCGGCAAGAUCUAACCAGCAUAAAAGCACAAAGCCCCCCACCUACCAAGUUGAGUUAGAAAUGCAAACGUCAGGUCUUCCUAAGCUCAGGAUCAAAUGCACAGAUUCAGUGAAUGCAGAGGAGUCGGAUGGAGGUCUGCAGUCAGGACCCCAGAGCCCUUCAGUUGGUGCAAAACCUCACAUGGAAAGUCCAGUGGCUUUACUGCCAAAGCAGAGAGAUCCUGCAUGUUACUCUCCAUCUCUGUGUGCUCAUGUCACCCCAGCCAAGAGCACACCUGGAAAAGGUGGUAGCGUCCAAACUUACAUCUGCCAGUCGUACACACCUACACACCAUCCUGCAGCAACAUGGUCUCCGGCGGCAGUUGCAGACAUCGUCCCUCUUACUCCUUCACCUCAGAGCGUGGGGAAAGUGACCCCAGAAAACCUCAACAGCUGGCCUCGCAGGAAGAGGGCUCACUUUGGAGCAUUCGGAGACAAAGAUAGGGGCCUUAAGGGGGAGCCACAGCUGGAGGAGUUGCUGGAGGAGGCUGAACUCGGAGUUAGUAGGUUGCAGGACUUUGAGGACACGGACGAGCCCCUGGGUAACUCCAAAAAAACAAAAGCUUCGACUUCCAAACAGCUUCCCGCAGCUGCAGCCGCGGUUUCUCCUCUCUCGCCGCUUGAAGAUUUGUUCUGGGUGGAAACGCUGGCGAAACAGAACAGCUGUGCCGAUUCUCAGACAGCAGAAGAAGUCACCCGGGACUCUGAAGUUGGGGCUGUCGAGUCAAUGGUGACCCCUCCCAGUUUAACAAAGAGAAAGCCAGUGACUGCCAGUGGUAUUUUGGCUCUCACUCGGUCUCCAUUUCUGUUUAAGGGGAAAACAAGUUCUGCUCAAAAGAGAUCACCAAACUUUAAAGAUGGAGCUGCAUCAGGAAGAACGGAAGUAGAGGAAGUGGAGCGUUCGCCUUUCAGUCAGCCAUUCAGCCGCUUGAACGUGGGGAAGACCUACAGCAGGAAGAGACUGCUUCACUGA